GCAUACGUCACUCCAAAGGCUGUCGCUGGAAGAAGCAUCCAGCAUGAAGCUUACUGUCACGCAGGGGGCAGCUCAGGUGGCUGCGGACACCUUGCAGCAGGCCAUCUACUGCAUAUCCCUCUGGGUCGGCUUAGUCUGGGUCAAUGUGGACUCUUCAGCCGCCGAGAUGACGUCCUUUCUGCUUCUCGUGAGCAAGCUCAGCCAUCAGGUGCACAACUUCAAAGCCCAAGUGGAGGAUGUCUUCAACCGCAGUGACAACUUGGCAGAGCAUUUCGAGUUCUUGGACCAACAGCCCAAAAUCUUCCCAGGCACGUAUGACGGGCCUGUUAGCGGGGAGGUGAUUUUCCAGGACGUGUCUUUCGCGUAUCCCACUAGGCCAGAACAGAAGGUUCUCCACGAGCUUUCCAUGGAGCUUCAGCCUGGAAAGACUACUGCCCUGGUUGGAGCCUCUGGAUCCGGGAAGAGUACCUCAGUGCAGUUAAUCUUCCGGUACUACGACCCACUGGCGGGUACGAUUCUGAUCGAUGGAGUCCCCAUGAAAGACUGGGACCUAACGCACCUGCAUCGACACAUG